GGUUCCCUUGGAGACGGAGCCGGCCAGGGUGGCGGCGGCUGGGCAACGACGACAGCGGAGCCGCUGGGGAAGCCAAGAUGCCGUCGAAGGGAAAGGACAAAAAGAAAGGCAAGAGCAGAGGCAAAGACACUAAGAAGUUAAUAAAAACAGAUGAAUCUGUGGUGGACAGAGCCAAGGCCAAUGCCUCCCUUUGGGAGGCCAGGUUGGAAGUCACAGAACUCUCUAGGAUUGAGUAUCGUGAUACUUCACGGACACUGGCAAAAAGUAAUGAGGACUUAAAGAAAAAGCAAUGUAAAAUGGAGAAAGACAUAAUGUCAGUAUUAAGUUACCUGAAGAAGCAGGAUCAGGAAAAAGAUAAUAUGAUUGAAAAACUGAAACAGCAAUUAAAUGAAACAAAGGAAAAAGCCCAAGAGGAAAAGGAUAAAUUGGAACAAAAGUAUACCAGGCAAAUCAAUGAACUAGAGGGACAGUUCCAUCAAAAAGCCAAAGAAAUUGGCAUGAUUCACACAGAGCUGAAAGCAGUAAGACAAUUCCAGAGGAGAAAAAUCCAAGUGGAGAGAGAGUUAGAUGAUCACCGACUAGAACAAGAGGCUGAAAAGAAGAUAAUAAUGCUGGCAGAGAGAGCCCACCAUGAGGCUGUUGUGCAAUUGAACGAUGCUGGAAGAAAUGUUUUUAAAGAGAAUGUUUAUCUCCAGAAAGCCCUGGCAUAUCACCUGAAGGAAGCUGGCGCUCUACAAAAAAACUCCCAGAAGUUGCAAGAGAGUCAUGCUUUACUUUUACAUCAAAAGGAGAUCAAUGAUCUGUUGAUUAAGGAAAAGAUUAUGCAACUUGUCCAGCAGAGAUCACAAAUCCAAACCCUUCAGAAGAAGGUAGUAAACUUGGAGACUGCUCUGGGUUACAUGACCAAAGAGUUUGAGAGUGAAGUUUUAAAACUGCAGCAACACGCAAUGAUAGAGAACCAAGCGGGUCAGGUAGAAAUUGACAAGCUGCAGCACCUUCUUCAGAUGAAGGACAGGGAAAUGAAUCGUGUGAAGAAGCUGGCCAAGAACAUACUGGAUGAGAGAACAGAAGUGGAAAGAUUCUUUUUAGAUGCUCUACACCAAGUGAAGCAACAGAUCCUAAUUAGCAGGAAGCAUUAUAAGCAGAUAGCACAAGCUGCUUUCAAUUUAAAAAUGAGAGCAGCAUGUGCAGGAAGAACAGAAUAUCCCAAAAUCAGAACAUUUGAUGGCAGAGAGCACAGCACCAAUAGUGUGAAUCAGGAUCUUCUGGAGGCCGAAAAAUGGUACUAUGCAGUUAGAUUCUUCAAAGGCUCUAACUCAAGAAACUUAAAAGGACUGCAGCCUGGAACUCCUGGGCUCAAGAAAUACAACCAGAGUUCUAAGCCUCCAGUUCCAGACUAUGUUGUUUCUGACAGUGGGGAAACAAAGGAAUUUGGGGAUGAAAGUAAGCUUCAAGAUAAAAUCUUCAUCACCCAGCAAAUUCCAAUAUCAGACUCUUCUGGUAAAGUGGUGCUACCCACUAUUCCAAAAGGACCUCAAGAGUCUGACACAGUGGGAAGUCAGAGUCAUUACAACCUAGAGGACAAAGGCUUAUAA